AUGAGUGUCAAUACAGUUGGAUCUGAUGGAUGUGAUGGCUAUAAAAUGCGUUAUAAUCGACACAAUGAUCUCGUCAUUAUCGACGACAAGGUUUACACCGAUUUCGUUGGCGGUGAAGAUAAUGCCAGCGAUAAACUGAUAAACCAAUUAUGUGAGAAACUUAAUUGCAAACGAUUGGCUGUCAAGAGUAGGAUCACAUCGGAUGACUUCAGGACACCAAAUGUACGGCUUGUUAGAGGAGACAACUCGUGGGUCAAACACAAAGACAACGGAAUUAUUUACACUUUUGAUGUAAGAAAAUGUAUGUUUAGUUUCGGUAACAUUAAAGAAAAGCUAAGAGUGUCACGACUUGACUGCACCGGUGAGACAAUUGUGGACUUAUUUGCCGGAAUCGGUUACUUUACACUUGUUUUUGCUGUUCAUUGCAAUCCACAACUGAUCCAUUGCUGCGAAUGGAAUCCAAACUCUAUUACAGCACUUGAGAAAAACCUGGAACUGAAUCGAGUGUCCAAUAAAUGUAUUGUUCAUUUCGGUGACAAUCGAGACGUGUGUCCCGAGAGUGUUGCCGAUCGGGUCUAUAUGGGACUGAUUCCUACAUCACUGGAAAGUCUUGAGAUAGCCUGUCGUGCGCUUCAAAAGGACAGUCAUAAACGCAUUUUACAUAUUCAUGAAAACGUCUCACAUUUUGGUUGCAAAACUAAAUCAGAUAUUAAGAUAAUUUGGAACAAUUGGGCUCAAGAAUUAUGUGCAAAAAUAUCUCAAAUUAUGUCAUCAAUACACUUGAAUACUGAAUGGUUUGUCGAAGUUUUAGAUAUUAAUAAAGUUAAGUCUUAUGCGCCCCGUAUUGACCACUUGGUGGUCGAUAUUAAGUAUAAUUGA